AUGAUCGAAAGGUGUGAAAAAAGCAUAGAUGAUAAAGGAUCUUACGCAGCGUUAUUGACAGACUUGUCUAAAGCUUUUGCCUGGAUAAAUUACGAUUUAGUUAUUGCUAAAUUGCACGCUUAUGGGUUUGACAAGGAUGCUUUGAGAUUAAUACAUAGCCCACUGCUCUUCAAAGUUUUCCUGAUAGAUUUAUUUCUGAUAACGAUUGAAACUGAUAUAGCUAGCUACGCAGAUGACAACACCCCAUAUACGUAUAGGUCUGAUAAAAAUCAAGUGGUAGAAGACCUUAAAAAAAUAGCAAAAAGAAUGUUUAUAUGGUUUGCUGAAAACGAUAUGAAAGGCAAUAAAGCAAAGAGCCAUCUUCUUUUUAGCUUACCACUUGAUACAAAAGCUGUCGUUGGAGACACGAACUGUUACACAGAGAAAUCAAAAACGAUACACGAAAAAAAUAUUGUAACACUAGCUAUAGAAAUAUAUAAAGCUAAAAAUAAACUCUCGCUUGAUAUAAUAGAAUUAGCGCAAAAUCAGAAUGAGGAAGAUAAUUUUAUUCUUGUGUGUGGUGGUACUUCAACCACACCCGCUUUCACUACCAGUCAUAUUGCUACUGAUGACAACGGUUUAGAUGCCUCAACUGCACAUCUCUCCACUACCGGUACUACUGAUGGCAACAGCUUAGAUUUCUCAACCAGGCAUGUUUCAACUACCGGUACUACUGAUGGCAACAGUUUAGAUGCCUCAACCACACAUGCUUCCAAUACCGGUACUACUGAUGGUAACAGUUUAGAUUCUUCAACCAUACACGCUUCCACUACCAGUACUACUGAUGGCAGCAGUUUAGAUUCCUCAACCACACACGCUUCCGCCACCAGUACUACUGAUGGCAGCAGUUUAAAUACCUCAACCACACAUGCUUCCACUACCAGUACUACUGAUGGCAGCAGUUUAAAUGCCUUAACCACACAUGCUUCCACUAUUGGUACUACUCAUGGCAACAGUUUAGAUACCUCAACCACACAUGUUUCCACUACCAGUACUACUGAUGGCAACAGUUUAGAUGCCUCAACCACACAUGUUUCCACUAUCGGUACUACUGAUGGUAACAGUUUAGAUUCCUCAACCACACAUGCUUCCAUUACCAUUACUACUGAUGGCAACAGUUUAGAUGCUUCAACUAUUCAUUUUUUCAUCACCACUCGUACUGUUACUCAUGGGAUAACUCAAAGUAAAAGUGUAGACGUUCUAAAGGUAAUUUCAAGUUGA